AUUUGAUUCCUGCGCCACCAGUUACUACCCUUUUCGAAAAGACCUAUUGAACUCGCUACUUCUCAGAGGCUCGUCCGCCUGCGCACUUUCAUGCCAUGAGUGCCCAGACCGUACGCACUACACAUACACCCACUUCAUUGGUUCCCGCUUCUUACCUACCUUGCUUCUGUUUAGAUUGUCAGUUGAUGCACGACUACGCCUUCUCAAAUAUCAUUACCACCAUGUCCGCCGCGUCUUUCUGCAAUUCAACGCCACUGCUCUGCUUCCGAAUCACGUCCACGAGAUCGGCAAUGCCCGACUGGACGAGCUCUGCGUGCUGCUUCUACCCCAAUCGAUGGAGAGGGAGCGCAAGCGAGGGAAUAUCGCAGCUCUGCAUAAUGUGCCGGCAGAGAACUUUGUUCAUGUCAUACCGCUCAUGCCGAUGCAUAUUUUCCAUGCCGCGUUCGAUGGAAAGGAGGGAAAUAGCUUCUUUUCGCAGCGGAGAUCCGAAAAGGUUAUUGAAGGCGGUCUCGAGCAGUGGUGCUAAAAGGAUGACAUUUAAUACAUCAUAGGUGAAACGCGCGAUGAAGAGAAAGUCUAUCGCGUCAUGAAUGCGCCUCGGGGCCCUGACCUGCACGCCGAACGUCGUCGCCAACUUACAACUUAUUACGUGCAUUCCUAUCUACUAACCACUCCGCCAGUUCGAGCCUGGUAACAUGGCAAGCAGAC